CAGCGUGUGGACUGAGUGCAGCUGUUUCGUUCAGAGCAGAGCCCAACAUGUGAGAAGAUGUCUGUUGGAGGUUGUGCUUGUCCCGGCUGUUCGUCAAAGUCAUUCAAGCUGUACUCUCCUAAGGAGCCCCCCAACGGCGGCAGCAGCAGCUUCCCCCCCUUCCAACCAGGCGCAAUGCUGGACAGAGAUGUGGGGCCUACACCCAUGUACCCCCCAUCAUACAUGGAGCCUGGAAUGGGGAGACCCACACCGUACGGGAACCAAACAGAUUACCGGAUAUACGAGCUGAACAAAAGGCUACAGAACUGGACAGAGGACUGUGACAAUCUCUGGUGGGAUGCCUUCACCACAGAGUUCUUUGAGGAUGACGCCAUGCUCACCAUCACGUUCUGUCUGGAAGAUGGACCCAAACGAUACACCAUCGGCAGGACUUUGAUUCCACGAUACUUUCGAAGUAUUUAUGAGGGGGGCGCCACUGAGCUGUUUUAUGUUUUGAAGCACCCAAAGGAGUCCUUCCACAGUAACUUUGUGUCUCUCGACUGUGACCAAUGCACCAUGGUGACUCAGAAUGGCAAACCCAUGUUCACACAGGUCUGUGUGGAGGGCCGCCUGUAUUUAGAGUUCAUGUUUGAUGACAUGAUGAGGAUCAAGACGUGGCACUUCAGCAUCCGACAACACCGAGAAGUCCUACCAAGGAGCAUUUUGGCUAUGCAUGAUCCGCAAAUGCUCGAUCAACUGGCUAAAAAUAUCACCAGAUGUGGGCUGUCCAACUCCACACUCAACUACCUCCGUCUAUGUGUGAUAUUGGAGCCCAUGCAAGAGUUGAUGUCAAGGCAUAAGACCUACAGCUUGAGCCCCAGAGACUGCCUGAAGACUUGCCUCUUCCAAAAGUGGCAAAGAAUGGUAGCACCUCCAGCCGAGCCCGCCAGACAAGCUCCAAACAAGCGGCGGAAAAGGAAGGUGUCCGGUGGAAGCACCGUGAGCUCCGGGGCCGGCAGCAAUAACAACACCAACACCACCAACACCAACACCAACACCAACACCAACAGCAACACCAACACCAACAGCAACAGCAAAAAGAAGAGUCCAGCCAACAGCUUUUCUCUCUCCAGCCAGGUACCUGACGUGAUGAUGGUGGGAGAGCCCACUCUGAUGGGAGGGGAGUUUGGUGACGAGGACAAGCGUCUGAUCACACGACUGGAGAACACGCAGUUCGAUGGGGCGAAUGGCCUGGAGGAUGAGGACAGUUUCAACAGCUCGCCUGCACUUGGGGCAAACUCGCCCUGGAACAACAAGGCUCCCUCCAGUCAGGAGAGCAAGAAUGAAAACUCCCAGUCGUCCCAGUAGAGUGCUGAGGUCUCAGCCAGUCCCUUUUUCAAUGCUUAAACCCAACUGGGAUCCGCCUGAGCCAACACACUAGCGAGAGGAGUCAGUGAGGGUGGCCUCGAGCACUUGUGUUUAAUUAAUUUGUGUUCAUUUUGUUCCGUCAUGUUCAUUUUAUGACGAAAAGGAGAGUGGUUAGGAAAAGGGCCGAUAGCUGAACGGACUGCUAAAGCUCUCGACUGCCACAUGAAGGACAGGGUCAGCAGAAUCCCACCCGCUCCCUCACAACGCUGCACUUGACCAGUGGUGCUCAGCCUGGGCCCUUGUCUGCUCGGCUGCAGUCGGUCCUCCUAGAGGAGUGGCAAGUCUGGCGGGAUGGGGGUGUGUGUGCAUGUGUCUCCUCCUCCCCCCCCCCCCCCCCCUCCCAUCGUAGCUCACCACAGCGUUUGAGCCAAAGUUGGCAUGUCCUGUUGUCCGAGUGCUCGCCAUGGCGACCAUGUCAGUGGGUUCUUGUUCCAACCUCGGGUCUCUCAGGCGUUUUCCUUGACGACGCACCACGUGGUUUCUGUUGUGCUCAUGUCACAGGGAAGAAAUGCUUUUAUUUAACUUAUUUUUUUGCAGGCUGCAGAAAACUGUGUGCACUCUUAGUAUCAAAAUUGAACGUUCAGUUUUUAAAAACUCAAUUAUUUGUUUUUGUAGGACCUGGUUGGAACAAAAACCUGUACAGUGCCGGAGCUUGAGGACCGGAGUUGAGAACCACUACGCUAAAUCUUAAACACACACACACACACGCAUACACACACGCAUACACACACACACACGCAUACACAAACGCAUACACACACACGCACGCAUACACACACGCAUACACACACAUAUAUACGCUCACACAAACACACUCCCAUACACAUGCAUACACACACGCAUACACUCAUGCACACACACACACCUACACACACACCUACACUUGCAGCAUAAAACAUUGAGGUACUGGAGAGAGGUGGUACGCAGCAUGUCUGGACCAGAGCCCCAGAUGCUACAGAAGUGUGUUUUCAUUUUCUAUGUUUUGAAUUGUUUUGAAUUGUUUUUAUUUUUGUAAACAAUUUCUAAAAAAUAAACAGACAAGCAAACAAAAACACCCCCAGAAUAUUCUUUGCACUGUUUCCCACUAGUAACUCCAAUCUAUUUUUCUUAUGAAUUGACGGUGUAUUUCUUUUCUAUUAUCGCUAAUGUAAGACCUGUAAAACAUCUGAACGCUGCAGUAUAUUAAUGUCUACGUAAUGCUGUUGGAUCAUUCUUAUUGUGACGGUAAUAACUGCCAUGUGAGUCUCUGCUUAAUAGAAUGUCCUCCAUCCGUGUCAGACGUCACGCUGUCAUCAGGUCCGUUGGCUUCAGUGCUAGACGACAAGUUGGGGCGAACGAGGCCCGUGUUUUCAUACUGUACCCCAUCUUGUAGAGAGAGCGGCACACUGGAACACCCCCCCCCCCCCCUAGUGGAUCCCCCCACCAGUUCUCCAUCCAGGGCUCGUUCUGGAUCGGUUGACUUGUCGUUGCGGAACUGUUUGCUUUGUCUUGAAAUCUCUAUCUGGGGCUCUUCAGAGAAAACGUCUCAAAUUUGCUACUCGAAAAAUAUUUUAAAAACAAGUUUUGACAGGAUUGUAAAAUAAGAAAAAAAGACUUUUGUAUUAACUUAAGUUUCCCUGAAGUGUUUUUAAUUACAAUUAAGAAAGCUGCAGACCAAGGAGCUAAAUGUAAAGAUUCUUUAGAUAUUGAUUACACUGUGCUGUUUGUUUUAUGACGAAUCAUUUUGUUGGCUUUACUCCUCAUAUUUGUGUCUUUGCUUGUAUAUUUUUAGGUAGUCAUUUCUGUAAAAGUCAUUAUGUAUCCCUCCCUAGAAUUAUGAGAAACUCAAUCUAAUGUAAAGAGAUUAAAAGCCUCUUAAAAGUUUUUUUUUAACGUGAUUUUUAAUGGUACAAUCACUGAAAAAGAAUUUCGCCCUCAUUUUAGCAAACUGUAUUUAUUUUUCUAUGUAUUGACAUUCUGUUUAGCUCCACCUGUACUAUACUCAUGAUAUAUGUAGAAGUCUGUUGGGCUGCUGAGUCAGUAAACGCUUAUACACGUCAUUCCAUUACUUGUGUUUUUGACAUGUGGCUCCCAGUUCUGGCCAGUUCAUCACAAUGGUUCGGUAUGUUCACAUUAAAGAGACAUUUAAUGGCCAUUUUCCUGGUCUAUCUGAAAACUUGUCAGAUGAACUGAAAAUCAAUAAAUAACCACAUUUGGAGAACGUGUUGACCUCUAA